AACACAAAUUCACUCAUUUCAGUUUCCAAUUCAGAGAGGAGCUUUUGUGGGUUUGUUUCUCUCUCUUUUUCCCACCAUUUACAUACCCAUAUCCAUCUUUUUCUAGGGUUUAUUGUUCAUGAAUGGAUUCAAUAAUCCCAUAAUGGAUCCUUUCCAAGACAACUCCUGGACGGAUCUGCUAGACUAUACCAAUUUCAUCGACGACGUCGCUACUUCUACUGAUAUCUGUUGGUCUAACGACCAAAUUGGUGGUGGUGGUGGUGGGAACUGUAGUUCAGGGGCUGAAGUUGAUGCUUCACUGAUUGAAGUGUCAGCUCAAGAAGAGGAAUGGGCUGAAAAGAACUGCACAAGGAAGAGAGUUAGGGGUGAUUCAUGCAGCAAGGUGGGGGGGACAAAAGCCUGCCGUGAGAAAUUGCGCAGAGAGAAAUUGAAUGAAAGAUUCCUAGAACUGAGCUCUGUUCUAGAGCCUGGGAGACCUCCCAAAACAGACAAGCUGUCUAUUCUUGGCGACGCUAUCCGAGUGAUGAGUCAACUGAAAGCUGAAUCUGAGGAACACAAAGAGAAUAAUCAGAAGCUCCAAGAUGAGAUUAAAACUUUAAAGUCAGAGAAGAAUGAAUUGCGAGAAGAGAAACAAGUACUUAAAGAAGACAGAGAUAGGAUAGAACAGCAGUUGAAAUGUGUGUCUGGUUCUUCAUCUUCGCCGGCUGGUGGAUUUAUGCCAGCAGCUCCUCCUCUAUAUCAUCAUAGUGGAGUGAACAAGAUGCCUAUGUACCCUAGUUAUGGCUAUCUUCCAAUGUGGCAUUACCUACCACCAUCAUCUGUUGAUACAUCUCAAGAUCAACAUCUCAGGCCACCUGCUGCUUAAGACUGACUCUUGUUGAUUUAUUAAAGAAUGGGCGAGUAAAUUCCAAUUCAACUGUAAGUAUGACUGUCUCUCGUCGUUCGUGGGUAACUAACUGAUCCUGGUUUUAUUGUCAUCGAAAUAGAUGACAGUAAUUGGAUGAAUGUACCGGCAAGUUGUUAAGUUGGAUUGGAUCUGCUUCUGUUCUUGUCAUUUAUUUAUUUUUGAUUUUGAACAAUAAUACUCAGAUUUUUGUCGAAUAAAUACUCUCUAAGAUUAAUCAUCCAUGGAUUUUGGAUA